AUGGAGGUCGCGGCUCCCGCGCCGAAGUACGAGCCGCGAGCAUGCGAGCCCGCGAUGCGGAAGCACGUGUGGCCCGCGCUCGGGAAGCGCGGACGCCCGGGGACAUCCUCUACUGGCCGAGGAACGACCAGAUCGUCCCGUUCACGCACUGGGCGGUGUACGUCGGUCGUCGCGCGCUCGCGCCGCCCGAGGCGGUCGUCCACCUCUGGGGCGCCGCGGACAGCUCGGACAGGGACGUCAGCGCGAACGCGGUCGUCGUCACGAACGCCCUGA